AUGUGACAGGAAGUUUGUCCUCUUGCUAGUCAAGAAAUUUAUGGAUGGAACUUUUGUACCCAUGAAUUGGAACUCACUUUUAGCACCUGUGGCAAUGAUCCGACUUCGUUUGCUGAAUAUUUUUCACUUUGGUGAUUGCUGGCUUGAUAACUCCCAAUUUACAAUGUUGAACAUUCGAAUGUAUGAUGAAUCUGAGCUUAGAAUGUCUGAUCAUUCGAGCUAUUGAUGAAUGACGAUGCUUUUGUUCCGUGCCGAGUCUCUUCGGCCAAUGGCGGCUUCGUUUCUGGUUGGCCGGGCCCCCUUCCUACUUUUGCUUUUCAUUAAGGUCAUUGGGGGCUGGGGGAUAAGCCUGGUGCUUCUAACGUGUAGCGAGUGCUUGAUGAUGAUGUGGCGUUUCGAUGCCGUGCUCGAUCCGAUGUACGAGCAAUACUGAGGCAUGUCGAGGCGAGUCUCAUCGGUGAUGGAGGAUUAAUUCCCCGUUCUCUACUGCUGCGGGUUUUGAUACACGAUGGUUGGGAAUCGCAUUCAGAACCGAGUAAUCAAAUUUGAUGUGCUAAAGGGAAAAUUACCCAUUAAAAUCCAUGCCUCGGUCAAAUGAAAAAACUGGUCAAUGCAACUUAUUUGUUCUUUAUUUGGUUUUUCUGGUGCAAGUUCGAGAAUGUAUCUUGAGCAGAAUCAAUGCGAACCAAUAAGAAAAGCGCGUGAUGCCACGAAGACCCAAGUAACACAUGCCCAUUUAAAAAAUGCAACCACAGAAAAACAGGGCAUUCUAAAGCAGUGGUGUACGUUGUUCAGUUAAAAAUAUCAGAAGCUUUCUCUACAGAAACACACAAAGUAGCAGCAGCAGGGCGAAUGGCUUGGACUCUGCUCUCUCCUUUUGCACCUUCUCUAUCCAUCUAUACCUCCAAAUUAAAGAACAGACACACAUGGUUAACCAAAAGAAGUGCAAUAACAAUAGUAGCAAAUGCAUCAAACAAUGAAGGCAGCAAAAAUAAAGAUGAAGAUGCACCAUCAUUUAAUCCUUUUGGUUUUGUCACUGAUAAUCCUUCGAGCCGGAGUGCAAUCCAGCUCCCUGAAUCCCCUGCCGAGGACGGCAAUGUCGGUCAAAUGCUAUAUAGGAUAGAAGACAAGGGAAAAGAAUAUGGCUCCUACGUUAAAUCUGGGAAGCUGACCUGGUUUGUAAGAGAAACCGGAUCACCUAAGAGUCGAAGGGGAACAAUCGUCUUCCUACAUGGGGCUCCUACUCAAUCUUAUAGCUAUCGUGUUGUGAUGUCUCAGAUGUCGGAUGCUGGGUUCCACUGCUUUGCACCUGACUGGAUAGGCUUUGGUUUCAGUGACAAGCCACAGCCAGGAUAUGGUUUUAAUUACACAGAGAAGGAGUACCACGAGGCACUCGAUCAAUUACUAGAGGUGCUGGAUGUUCAAUCUCCUUUCUUUCUCGUUGUUCAGGGGUUUCUUGUAGGUUCAUAUGGAUUGACUUGGGCACUGAAAAACCAGAGCAAGAUAUCAAAGAUUGCAAUUUUCAAUAGUCCACUGACAGUUUCAUCUCCUGUUCCUGGACUAUUUCAAAAGCUAAGGAUUCCUCUCUAUGGUGAAUUUACCUCCCAAAAUGCUAUUGAGGCCGAACGCUUUAUUGAAGCAGGUAGCCCUUAUGUCCUAAAGCUGGAAAAGGCUGACGUUUAUAGACUACCAUAUUUGGCCAGCAGUGGGCCAGGAUUCGCUCUUCUCGAGGCUGCAAGGAAGAUUAAGAUCAAAGAUAUUUUAAGCCAAAUUACUGAUGGCUUUGCAUCUGAAAAAUGGGACAAACCUAUACUUCUUGCAUGGGGAAUAUCAGACAAAUAUUUGCCUCAGUCUAUUGCAGAAGAAUUUCAGAAAGGAAAUCCUGAUACUGUUAAGUUGAAGUUGAUAGAAGGAGCUGGUCAUAUGCCACAGGAAGACUGGCCUGAGAAAGUUGUAGAUGCUCUGAGAGUAUUCUUUUAAACUCAACACAUGAAUUCUUGGUGUAAAUUUUCAACUGGAGCUCAAUUGACUCAGAUUCAUCCGCAAGAGGAUUAUGAAUAGCAAUUUGACCAUAGCAGAGAUGACCAUGGAAAAUACAGAAAGAGAACAUACCUUUAUUCUUCUCCUCGCCCUUUUAAUUGAUAUAAUUUUUUGCCAACAAGGCUAUAGCUUGCAUUUUGUAUCGGACUUUCUCAUUGUGGUUUUAUAUUGUAAAUCUCAUAAAUUUUAAUUUGCGGACCA